AUGUUUGGGGCUGUGUUUCUCUCUUUGAGUUGGCUGAUACUGCAAUUAUCUGACGGGGAACUGGAUUACAUAUCCAAAGGAAAGGGCAUGCAACUGCAAGGGGACUUCUCUAUCGCUGGACUCUUUCCUCUCCACGACACAAAGGGACCGAGUGAUGGUCUGCCUGCUUUGGGUCAAUGUAAUGGAGGUACCCAAAACAAACACGGAUUUCACCUGUUGCAGGCCAUGAGAUUUGCGGUGGAAGAAAUCAACAACAGCAGCACAGCACAGUCUCUUUUACCAGGACUGAAGCUGGGUUACCAGAUUUACGACAUCUGCUCUGUAUCAGCGGGUCUCCUGGCCACACUGGAUUUGUUGCAGAAGCACUAUAACAUUACCUCCUCAUCUGGGCAAGAAAAAGACAAUGAAUCAAUGUACAACAGCAGUCAAAGGCCAGUGGCUGUGGUUGGGCCGGACAGUAGCAGCAAAUCGUUCACCCCUGCUGCUGUACUAGGAGCUUAUCUUAUACCACAAAUAUCUUAUGAAGCAUCAAAUGAAAUGCUGAGCAACAAGUUCCUCUACCCAGCCUUUCUUCGCACCAUUCCUAGUGACAAGAACCAGGUGGCAGCUAUGAUCCAGCUUCUAGUUAAAUUCAAUUGGACGUGGGUUGCUCUCUUAGGCAGCGACAACGCCUAUGGCCUGGAAGGAAUGCAGAGCUUGUCCGAGCUAGCGCCACUCCACGGCAUCUGCAUCGCCUACCAAGGAGUCAUCCCCACGUUCAGCGCUGACACAAUCCAGAACAUGAGGAACAUAGUGACCGGCAUACUGACAACCAAAGUCAACACCAUUGUGGUCUUCUCCAGCAAGUCUAAACUAAAAGGCUUAAUUCCCUACAUCGUCGAGCGGAAUGUGACAGAUAAGGUUUGGAUUGGCACAGAGGACUGGUCAACAUCUUCACAAAUAUCAGGGAUACCCGGGAUUCACACCAUUGGCACUGUGCUUGGUAUAUCAGUCAUAUAUUCAGCCAUAUCUGGUUUUGAGGAGUUUGAGAGAAAGCUAGCUGAAGCUUCAAUGCUACAAAGUGACACAGAGGAAGUCAACGUUACAAUGAGCUCAGGCAACGAGUGUCUUCAAAGCACAGACCUGUACAGCCUAGCCAGGAACAAGUUUCCUCUGGACAGGUAUGACAUUACCUCCUCCUUCAAUGUGUACAAGGCAGUGUAUGCUGUGGCUCAUGCUCUGCACAAAGCACUUGGUUGUGAUUCGGGAGCAUGCCAAAUGAGGAGAGUUGAUCCAUGGGAGCUCCUCUGGUGGCUCAAACAGGUGCGAUUCUCUCUGGACAACACCUCUGUUUACUUCGACAUCAAUGGUGACCCACCGACAGGAUAUGACAUCAUUUUGUGGGUUUGGAGGGGGGCAGAAUGGUCUGUCAGAAAGGUGGGCUCCUUCAGCCCAGAUCCAAUUUUGCUCACAGUUGACAGUGAUGAAAUUGAAUGGCAUAACAUGGCCAAUUCUAGAGAGGUGCCACUGUCUAUCUGUUCUCCACCUUGCCCGCAAGGCCAUAAGAAACUGCAGACAGGACAACACACAUGCUGCUUUGACUGCCAGGCCUGCCCGGCUGCCACUUUCCUCAAUACAAGUGACCCCACCAACUGCCAAGAGUGUCUGUGGCAACAGUGGUCUCUCCCGCAAAGUGAGCAAUGUCUGAACAGGACAGUCCUGCUGCUCGCUUGGGACAAUCCUCUCUCCAUCGCACUCCUCUUCUUUCUGGCCUCCUGCCUUCUGAUGACCUCCAGCUCUGCAAUAAUCCUUCUGCUCAACCUGAACACUCCAGUGGCCAAGUCUGCCGGAGGUCGCACCUGCCUCCUGAUGCUGGCAGCUCUGACCGCUGCUGCCAUGAGCUCUUUGUGUCACUUUGGCCCGCCAUCUCCUUUGGCCUGCAUCCUCAAGCAGCCGCUAUUCAACGUCAGCUUUACUGUGUGCCUGGCCGCCAUAACUGUGCGCUCCCUCCAGGUCGUCUGCAUUUUCAAAUUUGCAUCCAGGUUGCCACCAGCCUACGACAAGUGGGCCAAAAAACAUGGGCCAGAGUUCACCAUAUUCCUGGUGUCCGUCAUUGUCUUGUUCAUUUCAGUUCUCCGGGUGUCUAUAAACCCACCUGUGCCUGACCAGGACCUUGACUUCUACGAGGACAGCAUCGUGUUAGAGUGCAGUAACACCCUCUCACCUGGUGCAGGCCUUGAGCUUGCUUAUGUUUCUCUGCUCAGCACCCUCUGCUUCUUUUUCAGCUACAUGGGCAAAGACCUGCCAGCUAACUACAACGAGGCAAAGUGUGUCACCUUCUGCCUCAUGGUGUACAUGAUCUCCUGGAUGAGCUUCUUCACUGUCUACCUCAUUAGCAGAGGCCCUUUCACCAUUGCUGCACAGGUGUUUGCAGUACUCUUCAGUGUCCUGGCCUUCUUUGGGGGCUACUUCCUGCCGAAAAUUUAUAUUAUUGUCCUAAAGCCACAGAUGAACACAACUGCCCAUUUCCAGAACUGUAUUCAAAUGUACACUAUGAGUAAACAAUGA